AUAGGAGAUGUUGGACCGGCAGGAUGUAUUUCUGCGUCACCUCAAGAUUUGGCGAAGUGGAUUCGAUUCAUGGCCUCUGGAGGAAAAACAGUGGAUGGAUAUCAAUUAAUUCAUCCAGAUGUUUUCAAGGAAAUCAUUGAACCACAAAUGUUAUUGGAUGCUUUUUCCAGAAGUCGAUUCCGUCUUGACGAGGAUUACCCUGUUCAGGCCUCCGGGACCUGGUACGGAUACGGGUGGUAUGGCGGGUCAUAUAGAGGGUAUAAAAAGCUGCUCCAUCCCGGGACCUGGUAUGGCUACUCCGCUGUGGCUGGAUUCUUCCCUGAUCAGAAUGCUGGAUUUGUCAUAUCUGUCAAUGGGCCCUGGUACAUGGAUUAUACAAACUCUCUCGCUCCGUUAACUUAUGUACUCUCAGACAUUCUUCUGGGUGAAAAACCGUGGCUAGACAACACCACCAUGUGCAGUUUCCCCUCUCCAUGGAAAUCCACAGGAACGUCUGCUACAAACAACAACACAGUGUCCACCCAGACAAGCCGUUUGGACAUGAGUCAGUUUACCGGUGACUACGGUCAUCGAAUCUUUGGAACUUUGAAAAUCAGAGAGAUAGAAUCUCAAAAACUGUCCUUCAAAAUGAAUUCUGCUGGGAUUGGUAAUCUCACACGUUUGUCUGAUGGCUUAGCAAAAUUCGGAAUGACGUUCAACGAGCUGUUGAAUGACGUGGCAGAGAGCACGUGCAGUCUGCAGUUCUACACUAAAUCAGAGGGAAAGUAUCAGAAGGUCACGACUACUUGCUUCUAUUCUACUUUCGAAUACCAAAGAGGAGUUAAUUUUCUGAAUCCCGAGCCCGACACUAAUGCAGCAACAAAAUUUAUUCAAUCCUGGCCCCAAUUUCUCCUUUGUUUUAUAGCCGUUUGGCUUCUUAUUUUAUAUAUUCAAUGACAGAUGGU